AUGUCUGGCUUUGGUUUGGAUAGUCUUGUGGGCAAAGAACUUCAGAAACAGUGGUUCUUGACGGAAUUCGGCAAAAUAGCCGACUGGCAUUACAUAACGUCGCCCAACGGAUGGACGGACAACCAUAUCGCUAUUGAGUGGCUUGAGAGGGUCUAUUUGCCCCAGACGCGACCAGCCGAUGCCUCAGAUGCUAGACUGAUCAUAUUAGAUGGACAUGGAAGUCAUGCAACGGAUGCAUGGAUGGCCACAUGCUUUUGA